GAGCCACCGCACCACGUCGAGUUCACCAACGACACAGGCGCGAUACUGUCGUGUUCCACCAAAGGACAAUACCAGCUGGACUGGCUAUUCGCGGAUAAUAGCCCAGUGACGUCACUCGCGGGUCUCCGAAGAGUGCUCGCGAACGGCUCGCUGGAGCUACCACCCUUCCCCGGCGAGAGCUAUCGGCGUGACAUCCACGCAGCUACUUAUAGGUGUAGACUGCGGUUGAGUAGCGGUUUUGCUAUUCUGUCCAAGAACAUUCAUAUACACGGUGUGCUAAACAUGCCCUGGGAAGUGCACGUCCAAGAUGAGUACGUGAUGGCGGGCAACGCAGCAGUUUUGCGAUGUAUCGUGCCAUUACACUGCGCGGAACGAGUCGACGACACCGACUGGUUCACGGAUGAUGACACCAGUGUGUUUCAAUAUUUAGGUUCAAAGUACUCUCGUCUGGACGACGGCUCUCUAUACAUAAGUGCCGUGAGUCCAAGCGACAGGUACACAGCAUUCCGCUGCCGAGUUCGGGACCGGAUCACCGGGUCUUUGUAUUCUAGUAAAUAUUUUGGUCACAUCAUAGUGACAGAACCAAAAGGCGGGGUGCGUCCUCGCAUAGCGGUAGAGUCGCGCUCUCGCCGGGUGCAAGUCGGCCACGACGUGCGGUUACCGUGUGCAGCACAUGCAUGGCCAGUGCCUAGUUAUAGAUGGUUUCGUGAACACCACGAGUUGUUAAUACCGAUAGAGAAGACAUCGCUCUGGCCAAGAGCAACGAUACUUGGAGGUCUCCUCAGCAUACAGAAACUGCAACGAGAGGAUGCCGGCAGGUUUAUUUGCUGGUUAAACAAUACUGCUGGGGGAGAAUCAGCACAUUUCACAAUCAUUGUAACAGAACGAAUAUCCGUCCGAAUCAAGCCAGAAAUAUUACGAACGAAAUUCAACGUAAAUGUCAGUUUCGAUUGUAAGGUAUCGGGACACCCAGUUGAACUGGUUUACUGGAUACACGAUGGGAAAGUUAUGAAAAACUCAGACAGAGUUAAGCUGUCGGAAGACGGUUUAAAAUUACAUAUCAAAAACUCACAGCAAAACGACCAGGGCAUUUACCAGUGUUUUGCGAGUAACACGAGAGAUCAAGCCUACGGUACCGCGGAAUAUUGUAUAUAUUUUGCAGUGUCAGAAAGCCGGACGCGAAGUUUGGGGAAUAGGUCCCGUCGGGCGCCCUACGCACGUAGCACCCACACACAUGACGCUGACUGGAACUUCACUGGCACUAGAGAGUCAAAACCAGAACUAGUUUAUUGGUUCUCAGAGCAGACUCUACAACCUGGACCAAGUGUUUCACUUAAGUGUGUAGCCAUGGGUCAUCCGCCUCCACAGUUCUCCUGGCUGUUGGAUGGUUUUCCCAUACCUACAAAUUCUAGGUUCGUCGUAGGCCAGCACGUUACACUCCAAGACGAUGUUGUCAGCCAUCUUAAUAUCAGCAGAGUAACAGAACAAGAUGGCGGUGAAUACGCAUGUGUAGCCAGCAAUACUGCGGGUAGAGCACUUCAUGCAGCAAGAGUAAAUGUGUACGGUCUUCCGUACAUAAGGGAAAUGCCUAAAGUGACAGCAGUUGCUGGCACCGAUUUAAACAUUAAAUGUCCGGUAGCGGGGUACCCUAUUGAAUCGAUUACCUGGGAAAGAGAUGGUCAAACGUUGCCUAUAAACCGGCGACAGAAAAUGUUUCCGAACGGGACUCUAAUCGUUGAGCAGACGCAAAGAGGGGAAGACGCUGGCACGUAUACCUGCCAAGCGGCUAAUCGACAGCGCCAUAUCGCGCGACGGGAUGUUGAAGUACAGAUAUUAGUGCAACCAAAGAUAUUGCCUAUUCAGCCGCUGACGAAUUUACUAAGGGAGGGUAUGAGAGCGGCUAUUUCCUGUCAGAUAUUGGAGGGUGAUUUGCCGAUUGCAUUCCGAUGGGAGAAAAAUGGUCAGCCGGUGACGUCAUCCCCAUAUGCACCGAGCGGUAUAAUAACUAGGCGAAUGGAUGAGUACAGUGCAUCGCUUGUGAUAGAACAUAUCACUUCGUUACACAGUGGAAAUUAUACGUGUAUAGCUUCCAACGUUGCAGGAUCUGAACGUUUUACUGUACCACUUACUGUUAAUGUUCCCCCUCGAUGGCGUCUGGAACCCAAUGACGUUGCGAUUGCAGCUGGCCAAGACGUAACUCUACAGUGUCAAGCGGAUGGGUACCCGAAACCUAACAUUACUUGGAAAAAAGCAGUUGGGAACACGCCCGGCGAAUACAAGGACUUCAUGUUUGAAGGAAGCUCUCGUGUCUUGGAUAAUGGAUCACUAGUCUUCGAAAGAGUAGCAAAGGAUAGCGAGGGACAUUACUUAUGCGAGGCCAGAAAUGAUAUAGGAGCAGGGCUCAGCAAACUUAUCUUUUUGAAAGUUAAUGCACCAGCUAGGUUUCCUAUGAAAAGUAAAACAGUACAAGUGACCGCUGGGGAAGCCGCUCAUUUGCAGUGUGCAGCAUCUGGUGACGCUCCUCUGGAAGUAAGCUGGCGAAGUCCUCACCACCACACCAUUGCUCAUCACUUAGACCAAAGAUACACGAUCCGAGAACAAGUUCUCGAUGAUGGUCUAGUGUCAGAAUUAAGUAUACUGCAGACGUAUCGCCAAGACACGGGUGCUCUAACAUGUCGUGCUUCAAAUGCAUAUGGUCAGGAUGAGAUGCUCAUACAUCUCGUGGUACAAGAGGUACCAGAAAUGCCAAAGAACAUACGAAUAAUAGACCAACAAUCGCGGUCUAUACAAAUAUCUUGGACCCAGCCGUACGCUGGGAAUAGUCCAAUUAUCAACUACAUAGUUCAAUAUAAAGAAUCCCCUGAACCAUGGCCAACAACGCCUCAAAAAGUUAUAGUCCCCGGCAGUGUUACUUCAGCAAGCGUUCAAAACCUUCAACCUGCCACUUCAUAUCAUUUAAGAAUCAUCGCUGAAAACCGUCUGGGACAGAGCGAACCAAGUCAACUUGUGCAAGUUACUACAACAGAAGAAGUACCGAGUGGUCCGCCAUUAGACGUACGAGUAGAAGCCAAAAGUUCAACAGAAUUAACAGUUAGUUGGGAUCCACCACAGCGGGAUUUAUGGAAUGGGAACAUCCUAGGAUAUUAUGUGGGGUUUCAAGAACUAAAUAGCAAUAGCACGGUCCUCAGCGCAAGUGGUCCAGGUGGAACAUCGUAUACCGUAAGAACUGUAGAGGGUACUGGAGUGGCGCGAGCUCGUACCACCUUGUCAGGUCUUCAAAAGCACGCGGCGUACGCCAUCGUUGUUCAAGCAUACAACAGCCGAGGCGCGGGACCUGCUUCACCGCCUACCACUGUUACUACUAUGGAAGAUGUGCCCAGUCUACCUCCCGGGUCGCUACAGUGUACAGCAUUAAGCUCGCAAUCAGUCCGUGUGACUUGGGAACCACCUCCAAUGCGAGGACGUAACGGCGUAUUGCAGGGAUAUCGAGUUACUUAUGCUCCUGUCACCGACUGGUAUGGAAGUGAAGAAGCAGUAACCAAGCAAAUAUCAGGAUUGCACACAACACUAUCAGGUCUGCGUCGCUACACAAACUAUUCUGCGACCGUAUGUGCAUUUACUGCUGCGGGCGAUGGUGUGAGGGCAGCUCCCGUCUACUGUCAUACCGAAGAAGAUGUUCCAUCGGCACCAGCAGAUAUAAAGGCGGUAGUAUCAUCACGAAACAAGAUUUUGGUAUCAUGGCUUCCACCUGCUUCUCCCAAUGGCGUUUUGGUUGGAUAUACUCUCUAUAUGAGUGUGAUUGAAGAUGGGAGGGAAGAAGGCACCCACAAGCGCAUGCUCUCACCCAGUACCUUAUCGCACGAUACAUCUAGAUCUCCACCUCGAGCCACCCACCAGUUCUGGGUGUCAGCUUCCACUCGUCUUGGCGAAGGAGAUGCUACGAGAGUUGUUACUGUACUGCCCUCUGACUCAGUGCCCGCAAGAAUAACCUCGUUUAGCCGGAGCAUAGUAACGCCUUGGAAAGAGAACAUUUCCUUGGCGUGCAAUAAAGUUGGUGUUCCGUCACCCUCUACGACAUGGAGUAUGAAUGGUGCGCUUUUAGAAUCAACGUUGAGAAAAAAUGUAUCACUCGAUGGCACUCUUAUAAUCAGCAUGACACAGUACGCAGACAGUGGUAACUACACCUGCCUAGUGGAAAACCCACACGGACGCGACGAAGUUACAUACGGUGUAGAAGUUAAAGUGCCGCCUCAACCACCAGUUUUGGCGGUUGUAGAUUCUUACGCAGACUCCUUGCAUUUGCAGUGGAGCGACCAGGGAGAUGGUGGCAGCCCCAUUUUAGGCUACGUUAUAAACUACAAGCGUGAGCACGGAGACUGGGAGGAACUGCAAGUAGAGGCCGGCACAUCAGAACACGUACUUCCAAAUCUUUGGUGCGGCACCCGUUACCAGCUAUACAUAACAGCUUUCAACCGCAUCGGCACAGGGCUACCCUGUGAUAUUGUGCAUGCCUAUACUAAAGGCACAGUGCCUGUAAAGCCAAAACACUCGCAAAUGAUAACUCUUAACACAACAACGGUCACCGUAUGGCUCGACUCAUGGGGCGACGGUGGAUGUGGAAUUUUAUACUUCGUCAUAGAAUACCGUGAGAUCAGCCAAUCGCAAUGGCGCCUAGUCUCGAACAGUGUGCAAGCCACGGAGCGCGUUUUCAGCGUAACAGGAUUAUCGCCGGCCACACACUAUCAGCUGCGGAUUACGGCACACAAUAACGCCGGACACGCUCUCGCACUUUACAACUUCACUACGCACUCGCUGAGUGGCAUGCUGGAAGGCGAAGUGUCACCCGCAGUCCCUGCAGCGGGCACGAGAUCGUUUGGGGGUGCUCGUGUUUUGUUGCCCGCAGCGCUUUCUCUUCUAGUUUUAGCGGCAUUGGUCGCGAUUGUGCUUCUAGUACGAAGAAAUAAAGCGGGUCCAACGGAAACUGCCCAACCAGAAAGCGGAGUCGGUGAAUCUCCAUCAGUCGCUCAGCUGCAAAACAAAGUUAAUCGCGAUCAGCAAUACUUGGCUACCCGAGCGCAACAUCCGGCACCGCAACACCAUUACAAACACGCUUCAAAUGAAUAUAUCGAAGAUAUUUGCCCAUACGCAACGUUCCAACUCACAAAGCCUAAUGCCUACAGCGAAAGCAGUUACAGUGGGAACGUUUACAGUGGACCAUACCACUCCGUGCGCGGUUCCUUCGUCUACCACGACCUCAAGCAAAACGAUAAAUAUAAAGGUAAAGAACCAGAAUAUACAAAAGUACGAAGAAAAGGAAAUAGACUUAGAGAUCCACAUUCCGAAAGUCAAGAGUCGGACAACUUGGGAUCAACGGACUCGGAGGUGAAGAAGAUACUAACGCUGCACCUGCCAAUUACAGAAUACGAGGACGAUGCGAGCGACGACGCGAGCGCUCCUCAUUCUGACAGCGAGCCGGGCGCGAGGUUGCGUCCUGCACACCCUACCGCUUACCCGAGUGUUGAGCGGGAGGAGUCGUCGUCGUCAUCAGGCGACUCGGUGGGCGGCGUGGUGCGGAAGGCUUUUCCCUCGCGUAAAGGCAAGGCGGGUGCACUUGGCAAGAGGCACGUGCGGUCCUCGAGCGGCUACAGCAGCCAUAACGACGAGACAACGUUUAGCUAUGUGCCAAAAUAUUUCUCGAUCCAGUAUAUCGAACUACCCGUCGUACACCGAGCACAUCCACCCUCCGUCGCGGUUUUCAGACGACACCGAGCGAGAGGGGCUCCCCCGCCGCAAACGCGCCCACGCCCUCGCCAGCGACCCCAAGAUGACACGCGAAGCCUUCCAGAUUAACGUGUGAAA